AUGAAGUCCUUCAAGCCGCCGAAGUCUUCCACUCAGCACUAUCUUGCCUUUGCCNNNNAAAUACUACAGUUGAGUUUGUCCUUUGCAAAUAAGGAUG